AUGGCCGAGCCGGGGGCGGAGCGGGAGGCGGACGGCGAGGCCGAGGAGGCGGCGGCGGCGGCCUUCGAGCUCCGCGCACGGGGCGCCCAGGGGUCCCUGGAGCUGAGCCUGCGCCAGCCGGCCCGCAGCAGCAGCAGCUCCGAGCGCUCCCUGCUGGCCUCCGAGGAGAUGCGGAGCCUCAUCGUGGAGCCGGGGCCGGCGGAGGACGAGGCCGAGGCGCUGGUGCAAGGCUGGUUGCAGCGCGAGGUGCGCGGCGGCGCCCGGGCGCCCUGGAUGCGCCCGCGGAGAUACUGGUUCGUGCUGACGCCCGACUCACUCGACUACUACAGCAGCAAUGAGAGGGGGGCCAAGCGGCUGGGCUCGCUAGUGCUCACCAGCCUCUGCGCCGUGCUCUGGCCGGACAAGCAGAGCUACAAGGAGACGGGCUACUGGAGCGUGACGGUGUUCGGCAGGAAGCACUGCUACCGGCUGCAUGCGGAGCGGCUGGACGAGGCCGUGCGCUGGGCGUGCGCCGUGCAGCGCGUCAUCGAGAGCAAGGCGCCCGUGCAGACGCCCACGCAGCUGCUCAUGCGGGAUGUGGAGGAGCAGGGCGGCAGCCCCGAGGCGCUGGAGCAGAUCUACCGCCGCAACCCCAUCCUGCGCUACAGCGGCAGCCCGCUCUACGCGCCCCUACUGCCCUUCCCGUACGGCAGCGCCGAGGCGCGCGGNNNNGGCGGGCGCCGCUACGCGCCGCUGCGCGACGAGGCCGUGAAGCUCUUCCACUCGCUGCAGCAGCUGGAGGCGGAGCGGGAGCCAGCGCCACUCAUGCAGGGCGUCCUGCAGACCUGCCUGGACCUGCCGCCGCUGGUGGAUGAGGUCUAUUGCCAGCUGGUGAAGCAGACGACGGAGCCGCCGGCACCGGGCGCGCAGGGCGACCUGCGCUACUGGCAGCUGCUCACGUGCAUGAGCUGCACCUUCGUGCCCUCGGCGCCCGUGCUGCGCUUCCUGCGCGCGCACCUCGACCGCACCGAGAGCCGCUGCCCGUCCUCGGAGAUGGCCAAGUACGCCAGCUUCAUCCGGGCGGCGCUGGGCAAGACGCGGGGGCGGCAGUGCGUGCCCUCGCUCGAGGAGAUCGUGGUGCUGGCGCGGCGGCAGGACAUGGUCUGCACAGUGCACUGCCCCGGCGCGGCCGCCUGCCGCGUGGCCAUCAGCUCCCACACCACGGCGGCCGAGGUGGCCCGGGAGCUGGUGUCGCGGCUGGGGCUGUCGCAGAGCCCCAACCUCUUUGCGCUCUAUGAGCAGUCGCGGCUGCGGGAGCAGCCCGUGGGCAGCGCCACGCUGCUGGCCGACGUCCUCACCAGGUUUGAAAACCUGGCCGGGGAGGAGCGGGAGCAGGGACCGCCGGGCCGGCUCUGCUUCAAGCACUACGGCUUCCUCGACACCGAGAACGUCCCGCGCGACAGCCUGGAGUUCGCUCUGCUCUUUGAGCAGGCGCACGAGAUGGUGCUGCGGGGCCAGGUGCCCACGUCGGAGGAGACGCUGCAGACGCUGGCGGCGCUGCGGCUGCAGAGCCUCAACAGCGACUUCUCCACGCACGCGCCCUUCCCGGGACAGGACCCGACCUAG